UUGUCCCUCGAGGUGCUCCGUAGUUUUCUGUCAUGGCUUCCUCAGAACCGCAUCCUCGGUUUGGUCAGUCUGUUAAAGGUUUAUUGUCUGAUAAAGUCGGUUCUUGCAGUGGAGAUGUAAUUGCUCUUACACGCCAGGUAUUAAAAGGAUCUCGCAGCCAAGAGCUGCUCGGGCAGGCAGCAAGAAAUAUGGUUGUCCAAGAAGAUGCUAUUCUGCAUUCUGAGGAUAGUCUUAGGAAAAUGUCCAUAAUUACUACUCAUUUGCAAUACCAGCAAGAAGCCAUCCAGAAGAACAUGGAGCACUCCAGAAACCUUCAGGACCAGCUUCGGCACUUGCUAAAAUAAUGCACUGCUACGCAAGCUAUGCUAUUGACACGUUCCACUCUGACUUUGGCUUGUUCCUCACACCUUGUUGCGCUCCGAGUGCACGUGUGCUUCGAUUUUCCUCUCAAUAACCCUCAUGACCUUGAGGUAACAGCUCAUGUAUAGGAUUGAUUUGUAUAUUGUUGCUUUUUUAUGUCAGUGUUAGUUGAACUUGCUUUUUGCAAAAACAACAAAAAAAUGCACACAGUUUACAGUUUUUGCACGUAAAUUUAUUGUCUUUGUUAUUUUAAUGAAUUCAUUUGUCUUUGUAUGAACAUUUCUCCAUGUUUGAGUGAAAUCACAUGUCCUGUGCAGGAAUGCCAGCUGAAUGUAUAAUAAAGCCUCACACACAUUUAA